GUGCACAAGGCUGGCGUCCAAUUCAAAAAUGCAUAGAGAAGCGUAGCACAUCCCGACUAAUAUCCAUGAACACAACAAAAGAACGCGUAGCCAGAUCAGAGCGUUCUUCUAACUCUAGGCACUUUCGGUAGACUACUCCGGCUUAUUCCAAGUUUUUGAGGCCAGUUGUGGACACAAAAUUGAUCUUAAGUAAAGGGAUAUACAGCAGACGGAACGACGGUUUCUGUGAAGGAUUUACAGUGGUUGACAUAAUCCAAGAUGCCCCUUACAAUGAGAGGAAAGCCCAAGGUGGCCAACAGCAACAUCCAGCAGAUUCAUCAGGAUGGACCCACCAAGCCAGCUCAGCGGCAGAGCAAGAGACGGUCCAGCGGGUCACCCAAAGGACAGCAGCCAACAAAGAGGGCAGCCUUUGGUGACAUCACAAACGCAAAACUCGCCAGGAAGGAUGAAGGCAAGAAGAAAAUCACCCUCGUGUCCUCCAAGAAGUCCACCUCGUCCCAGCAGUUGGCCAAGACAAAACCGCCCACAUCAUCAUCAGUCAGUGCGAGGCCGGAUGGGGAAACGCACAAGGCGACGGAGGCGGUGCCAGAGGCCCAGAACGAGAGCCUGGAGAUCAUCUUGUCGUCGCAGGGCUCAUCACAGGAUUCGUCGCCGAGUUCGUCACAGGAAUCCAGUACCUCCUCGUCUUCAUCCCACCUGCUGUCUUCCUCAAGCUCCACACCGGAGAGUGUUGACACGGUGGAGUUGAUGAACCAACGCAACAAUGCAAAGACGGCAGAGACAGAUAUCAAAGAUGCGGUUGCGGCGAUCAGUUUGGAAGAAUCGCUAGACUUCAAGGACAUCGAUGAAGAGAACAAGGAUGAUCCCAACCAGUCGCCGGUCUACGCGCAGGACAUCUUUAACUACCUCAAGGAGCGAGAGCUUCGAACCCCGAUCCAGGCCUACUUUGACCGGCAGCCGGAGGUGAACCGUCACAUGCGGGCGGUGCUGGUGGACUGGCUGGUGGAAGUCCAGGAGAACUUUGAGCUGAACCACGAGACGCUGUACCUGGCCGUCAAGCUGGUGGACCGCUACCUGAUGCAGAAGGCCGUCACGCGAGAUGUUCUGCAGCUCCUGGGCGCCACCUCGCUCUUCAUCGCCUGCAAAUACGACGAGCGUUGCCCGCCUGCCCUGGACGACUUCAAGUACAUCUGUGACGACGCCUACGAGAGACAGCAGUUCAUCGACAUGGAGAUGGCCAUCCUGGCCCUGCUGGACUUUGACCUGGGCAUUCCAUUGUCCUACCGAUUCCUCCGGAGAUAUGCCAAGUGUGCCCACGCCUCCAUGGAGACUCUAACGCUCGCCCGCUUCAUCUUGGAGUUGUCGCUGACGGAAGCCCAGUUCCUGGAGACGCGGGACUCGCUGAUCGCAGCAGCCGCCCUGCUGCUGGCCUUCAAGAUGACCAAGACUGGAGAAUGGGACACCACUCUCCAGUACUACUCGGGUUACAAGGAGUCGGAGUUGACUGAACUGACCAGCCAGCUGAACUCCAUGCUGGCUGCCACGCCCAACAAGCAGCUGAUGACCAUCAGGAACAAGUAUUCACACAAGGUAUUUUACGGCGUUGCGAAGCUUCCACCUUUAGAUGUGCUGCAGUUGUAGGCAAAACUCAGGUCUGCAACUGGUCACCAAAGUAAUUGCAGGGAGAAAUUGCGCCAAGAUGGCGGAAUCAGGGGCAGAAAAACACCACGGCGUUGAGUGGAUUGCAAGCUGGUGCCGAGAGGACCAGCUGGCCUGGGCGACCAUGGCAAGGCCAAACCAAAUAACGUCCAGAUGACCAUGUUCCAUUAACCAAUGAAUUAGAAUUCUAACGGAGGCAAUUGACAGUUGAGCUCGUAUUAAUUUAUGUCUACAAGAGCAGUUACAGGUGACGACACAAAGUGAGAAUUUUUUUUAAAUUUAACUGGAAAAAAAUGAUUUCGCACAUCAGAAUGAUUCCAACAUGAUGAAUGUUAGUCCUGAAAUCUUACAGUAAAAGUUGGCCGCAAAGCUCGUUCGUAAUCCCUCUACAGGCCUUGAACCCUGUGACCAGGCCAAAUCUUUUUUACAAAUCAAAUUUGACUGGUUAGAAGAAUUUACAAGGAAUUUUUUGAAGUGGUGAUACUGCCAACAAAUAAUUAUUUCCAAAUUUUUUAAACUCCUUUUUAACCAUGACCAGUACUUUCUGUAUUUAAGCCAAAUUCUUUCACCAAUUUUUUUUUCCCUUAUGUGAUCAGUUGUACCAAGAGUGGUGUACAACUUUUUAAUCGUGGUACGUGCGAAAAGCAAUGGUUGAACUCCAUCGGUAAUGAGUCCAAUUAUGUUUGCUCAAUUUCUGUCCAAUUUUUUAACAGGAUUUUAACAGUAAACAUUUUCAAAGACAACUCUUCCUUUUUAACACAAGCAGAUCAAUUUUUCCGGCCAAUUUACAAUCCUUUCAAUCAUGACGACUGUACCACAUUUCUCAUUUACAUGUAGCUUCGUCGACUGUGUAUAUGUACAUAUAUUUUUAAUCACCAGAAAAAAAAGUUGCCUUCUGACACUCCAGUCGAGACAGAAAGCAGAGAACCAAGCAGUUGUAAAAACAUCACAUAGUUAUAUCAAACUUAUGCCGUAUGUGGUGGUGUUGAAUUUCAGCUUUUAAUUUUUGUCCAUUGUUUUAAACAUUCUUUUGUUCGUGUAAAUAUAAAAACCAACCCCGAUAAAGUGAACAUCCUAUCAAUGUGCAGUCUCUCUCCAGUGAAGUGUUUAAUUCAACCGUGCACAAACUGAAUUGCAGUUGAAAAAUCUAAAAUUGUCCCAUAAUGAAGCGCCAUGCACUGGGUCCAGGUUUGGUGCUUGUGUUGAAAUUUUCCACCUGGAUUUUGGGAUAUCAUAUCUUGUGGGUUAUAUAUCUCUCUUUUUCAAACGAGACUGAUAUGACCUGUUCAUUCUGGGAAAGGGACACAGGUGUUUUUAACAUUCAAGUGGACCAAAGUCAGAUGUGUUGUGCAUUAUGUUAUCUGUGAUUAUUUCAGCUUCUGAACGGAAGCUUAUAAAAGUUUCCGUGCACAGUUUAACGCAGUAACUUUAAAGAAAGCAACUUGCGAUGUUCACCGGUGCAUUUCCAUUAAAAAUCUUGGCAAUGCCUUUGGUAUCCGGAACACAGAAAUUAACCUAGAAAUUGGGGAGCUUUGCAAAGGGAUGGAACAUUGCCAUACACUUGGGGAAUAUUUAGAGUUUUCACUUAUUCCUCAGUAGGCACACCAUCGGGCAUUGAAAAACGGGUGUUUGACCUUUUUGUAAAUACAUGUAGAAUUUUAGAGUACCAAAUGAUUUCCAGAUUUGUGCCAUGACACGUGGAAGGAUCAUUUGAAGGAAACGGUGCGUCUUAUAAAACUGAAGAGAAAUAAAAGUGAAUAGUGUUAAAUUAA